AUGGAUGAAGAGGUUGUCCCUCUAGGCCACGACGUGCAGGUCGUCGACCCAGACGUGCGAGGCUAUGUUUAUGGCCUGGUUACUGCUCUCGGAGGUUUCAACGGCGAAGAUGCCGAUCGAUAUGUGCUCGGAGAUGACGCUUUGGCCUGUUUACGCGAUAUCAAGCGCUGGCUGAAAUUGUACGACGAGAAGAACAAUCGCAUGGACGUUGCGCGGUGCCUGGGAGAGGCUAACUUGAUCAAUGGAGAUCUACUUCCGAUCCUUGCGCUCUGGUGGGCUACGGGACAGAAGAGCAAGCAUAUGACGAGGAUUUCCCUGGCGUGUUUGGAACUUCUUGUCCCAUUGACUUGGCCAGUAGAGUUCCACAGCCAGAUGACGGUCAACCACCAUCGCCAUACCCCCUACAUCCAACAAACCCAGGUCCAGUACAAACGCGGUAUUCUCAAAUAUGGAGGCUCGACUCUCUUACGUGCCGUUAUCCGAAUUGCCCUUCCUAGCAUGGUGACUGCUCGAUCCGAACGCGAAGCCCGAGACGAAGGAAUUCUCAAAUUGAUGCUGUACUUCCUGCGAAACAUUGCGAUCAUUUCCCCGAACACCCGGCUUGCUGCCGAAGGCGAAGAGGAGGAAACAUCUAGAUCAGCAACGAUCAAUGCUUUCCAUGACCAGGAUGCAUUUGCACUUCUCCUGACUAUGUGCUCGAAUGUUGGCGAUGACUUCAACCUUCAAGAUAUUAUUCUGAUGGAGAUCAUUUUCCACAUUGUGAAGGGUGUCAAUGUCGAGAAGCUGUUCAUGGACGAUGAUCAGAGAAAGGCAAAGCGGACCGACGAGCUUAGCGAUCUCUUGAAGAAGGAAAACUCGGUACGACGGGAGUACGCAAAGAACGCCCCGACACGCCAUGGAAGAUUUGGUACAAUGAUCUGGGUCAAGCGAGAUGAUGCGAAGGUGUCUACGGUCUCUGGGCAAGAUGUUUUGAGGGACGAUCAGACUACUCUUCACAAGAUGGACCAAAGCAAAAAGUGGAACAAGCCCAAACCUCGGCGCAAGCAAGAAGACGCCGUUCAAAACAGCAACUUCAACAUGCCCGCUCAUUUGAACUCGGAGGCAACUAAGAACCUACGGACUUUUGUUGAAGAGUUCCUGGAUUCUGGAUUCAACCCUCUUUUCACCCACGUGCGGAAAGCCAUUGAACGCGAAGCCGAACGAGUACUAGAUAUCAACACCCGCCAAUUCUUCUAUACGGUUGGAUGGUUCCUCGAGGCAGAACGUGUGAGGAGGGCCCGACAGUCCCGUCAGCGCACCGCCCAAAAUGGGGGAAGGACCAAAGAUAUUGAGCCGGAUAGUUAUGGCUUGGUCGCUGGAGUCCUAAACCAAGAGACCUUCAUCUCCCUGAACCGGGCCAUGCAGAACAGCUUGGACAACAAGGAAUGGCAAGACCUUAAUGCCCAGAUGCGCUGCUUCACUCAGAUUCUGUUGACCGUGCAGGAAAUGGCUGUGUCACCGCUUGAGGAAGAUCAGGAGAUUGCCGAGAACAUCCAAAACCGAAUCUUCUACGAAGAAACAACACAUGACCGAAUUCUGGCAAUCGUCCGAGGAUACAAAGAUCAAGGGUUUGGUUACCUGGAUGCAUGCACAGAACUUGCUCAUGUCUUCUUGCGGAUGUUGGAACGCUAUUCCAAACUCAACGCCGACAUGCAGAUUCGAUCCCGCCGGAAGGCCAAGCGCAAGCAGAAGAAGGCCGAUAAAGACACGGAAGAUGGAGCAGAUGAUGACGAGGAACGCGACUCCGAAGCCGAAGACGAGGUGGAAGCCGCUCAGGUCACCAAAGAGCGCAGCUUUGACUUCAAGCGCUUUGCGGCCAAGUUCUGCAACCAGAGUUGCGUGGAUACGUUCGUUGCAUUCACAGGCUUCUACAAAGAGCUUAACUCGGAGCAACUCAAGCGUGCCCACCGCUACUUCUACCGCAUUGCGUUCAAGCAGGAGAUGACUACCUUGCUAUUCCGCGUUGAUAUCAUCAGUCUAUUCUACCGAAUGAUUAAGGGCCCAGGACCAAUGGACUCAAGCAAUUCCGUCUUUAAAGAAUGGGAAGAGCUCGUGCGGCAAAUCAUUCGACGAAUGAUCAAGAAGCUCGACCAGCGUCCGGCCUUGAUUACUGAAAUGUUGUUCAGUAAGAUCAAUUCGACUGUUUACUACCUUGAGUUUGGACACGAAAAGCAAACAUCGUACCAGUCCAAGCGACCACCGGCGGAGCUCAUUAUCACAUCACCCGAGGCGACAACCAAGGAAGCCGAGUUGAAGAUUGUGGUUGGAGCCCUUGUUCUUGACGGGAGAGCAGAUCUGGUGAAAUGGAUCGUUGAUGUCUUGAGCUCGGGAGCUUCUGAAAGAGAGGCCUGGGAAGCACAAGAUGAAAUUCGGCAGGCCGAGUCUCCUGAAGCUGUCAGCGUCCCAAACCCACUGAUUACCGUCAAAAGCAAAGACGAGGCUUGCAAGAGUGCCAUGUUCUCAAACGCUAGGCUGCGUCUACUGAUGAAGCUCGUUGGUUUCGAGCGACUGGGUGUCGAAGACGUGGUUGGUGCCGCUUGGGUUAUUCCGGCGUCUCAGCAGUCUAAGGACCUGCGUGAAUCUAUCUCGGAAAUCCAAAAGGCCCUUCAAACACCAUUCUCCGGGGAUGGUGAUGAUGAUCCUCGUAAGCAUCUUACACAAAAGAAACCAGGAGGUCCUCGGGCCACGGUUCAGGGUACGCUCGAUGUUAGCUUCGGAUCCGACUCGGAAGGCGAGGAUGUGGUUCCAGAUGGAAUCUUGUUCCCGCCAAACCCGCGGUCAAAGGCUAAUGCGCUAGACCAGCUGAAGAAAAAGCGCAAGAAGAAGUCCAAAGAUACAGAGCCUGAAUUGGACGAGGAAACUCUGCAGGCGCGACGUGAUGCACGUCUAUCAAACGCUCUUUCUCGCCAGGCGAAGAUCAAGAGUGAUCUUUUCAUCCAUGCCAGUGAUGAGGAGAGUGACGAGGAAGCAGAUAAGGAAUUCUUCCGCCUCGAAGAAGAGCGACGAAAGAAGCACGAUGCGGCAGUCAAGCACGCCAUCCGUAUUGGUGCCACGGAUACAUCAAGCAAGGGCAAAGGCAAAGGCAAGAAAGCCGCUGGACGCAAGCGAAGCGACACAGGCGGUUCUGCAGCCGCUAAAAACAAGCGACAGCGCCGUGAUUCUGGUUCUGCCGGAAGCGAUGCCGACAGUGAUGCUGAUGCUGAUGGCGACAUCCUCAUGGCAGAGCUUGAUGCUCAAUCUUCGCACACUCAGCAGGAAGUCUCUACUAGUCUCGGUGCUGGAGAGGACGAAGACACCCCUCUCACAUCUAGUGAAGACGAUCUUGCUUUCGAUGAUGAUCUUGCGUUCAUGCGUGACCGUCCGAGUAAACCCAAACCUCCAGCACCCGAGAAUGAUGCUGAAGAUGAGGAUGUUCCUGUGGCUGCAUCUCGAAGACGUAUGCGCGGAGGGUUUGUAAUUGAGAGUGACUCGGAAUGA